UAUAACACGGGCAACAUAGCGGCCUACCUAGCUAGAUAGCUGCUUACCUGCAAGGUAUAAAACAACACACUUGCAGCAGUUGUCAGACAGAAACAGUAUUUUGAAAGUCUACUACAGGACUCGGCAAAACCAUGGAAGGAGAGAAAGGGAAAUGGUUCGAGUAUAUUGUCGUAGGAUGUGGAGGCAUCGGCAGUGGUGCUGUUUAUUGGUUGUCAAAACGAGCUGGGUCAAAGGUUCUAGGUCUGGAGCAGUAUAAGUUGGGGCACCACAAUGGCGGUUCACAGGACCAUUCGAGAAUCAUUCGUCUGUCGUACAGUGACCAUCAGUAUACAAGGCUAGCUACCGGGGCGUACUCUUGCUGGCGUGAGGUAGAGCAGGACUCAGGCUUGCAACUCGUCCAUACUACGGGAGGCAUUAACUUCAGUCGAAAGGGAGGCAUUGGGGAAACUAUCGUCAACCGAUAUGCAGAGUCCAUGGAGAAAUGCGGGAUCCAGUACGAGCGGCUCGAUGGCUUGCGUCUAAAUUAUCGUUAUCCACAGUUCACUGCCAGUGAUAACUACGUUGCAGUAUACCAAGAAGGUAGUGGGUUGGUGGAUGCUGCAUUGGCUAACGCUGUGCAUAUACAACUAGCCAGAAAGUAUGGUGCUACGGUCCUUGAAGAGACAAAAGUUGAAGGAAUGAAGAAGACAGAAGAUGGAACCAUCCAGGUUUUGACGAACCGUGGCACGUUCCGGUGCAGACGCCUCAUCGUAGCGGCCGGGGCGUGGGCGAAUGAGGUCCUGGACUCGGCGGGAGUUUCCUUGCCACUCACGGUCACACAGGAACAGGUCGUGUAUCUCGGCACACCAAAUAUGAAGGAGUUCACAAAAAGCAAGUUUCCGAUCUGGAUCUACCAUUCAGACACUGGGCUGGAUCUUUACGGCAUGCCAAUUCACGGCAACUCGGGCGUCAAGAUAGGGGUUGAUGCUGGAGGACAGACGGUCACGGCUGAGACUCGGACAUUCAUCCCUGAUCAGAAAAGACUCAAGGAAUGUCUGGACUUCUCGAAGGAGCACAUCCCGAGGUCUCUGGGUCCGAUUCUACAUGCUAAAACCUGCCUGUACACAAUGCCCCCCGACCGCCAUUUUGUAAUCGACACGUGCCAUCGUACCAAUUACCCGGAAGUCGUUAUGUGCUGUGGUGCCGGUCACGCCUUCAAAUUUGCAAGUGUUCUUGGGCGGAUUUUGAGUGAGUUAGCCAUAGACGACCGCACGGAAUACGACAUAUCGGGUUUCAGUCUUGAUCGGGAGGCACUGACCGAUCCUAAUUUUAAACCCUUAUUCCAGCUUGGCAUCACUAAACUCCAAGAAGCUAAACUAUGAUCAUGUAUUGAUGAAAUCACUUUGGAGUAAAUCAGAGCAGAUUGGGGUUAAAGGUAUUGGACACUUUUGGUAAUAUUGUCAAAGACAAUGUGCACUUGGUGCAAUCAAACAGAUGCAUAAAAUACAACGCUGAUAGAUUAUUUUUUUCUGUUGAAAUGUACUGUAAAAACAUGUUAAAUAUAUACAGAUUAUAAUGCCAUACAAUUUAUUUCAAAGUAUUACUGAAAUAUGACACUUUAAAAUAAAUAGCAUAAGUGAUGACUAGGCUCGAAGCCAACACAGAAGGAGUGUUGACUGUGUCUGUGUAGAUCGAUGCGCCACAUUAUUGCAGGCUGGCAUAAUUGAUAAAGUAAAACCGCAGUGGAUAAUAUUAAAGGGUCAGACAGUAGGAGGGUUGACUGUGUACUGUGUAGAUCUAUUCACACCACAUGAUAUCAUAUUGCAGGCUGGCAUAACUUGCAAUAUAAAAACCACAGUUGAUGAUAUUAAGAAUGGUCAGACAGUAGGAGGGUUGACUGUGUACUGUAUAAAUCUAUUCACCACAUUAUAUUAUACUGUAGAAUGGCAUGUAAAAAUAAAUGUAUAAUUCAAAACCACAGUGCAGUGAAUAAUAUUGAAUGGUCAGACAGUAGGAGGGUUGACUGUGUACAGUGUAAAUCUAUUCACCACAUUAUAUUAUACUGUAGAAUGGCAUAUAAAAAUAAAUUUAUAAUUCAAAACCACAGUGCAGUGAAUAAUAUUAAAUGGUCAGACAGUAGGAGGGUUGACUGUGUACCUGUGUAGAUCUAUUCCCCACAUGAUAUCAUAUUGCAGACUGGCAUAGUUUAUCACACAAAAUCACAACUCACAUUGAACAAUGAUUGACUUAAAGGCACUGGACACUAUUGGCAAUUGUCCAAGACCAGUCUUCUCACUUGGUGUAUCUCAAC